AUGGAGAUGCAGGAGAAGAAAGAUUGGCUGGGGAAGGCGCCGAUGAUGAGGAUGGAAGCCGACGAGCUGCUGGAAAUGCGCCUGCGGCUGGAUGUCGUGAGAGACGACUACUCGGUGGGAGACGACUACUCGGUGGGAGACGACUACUCGGUGGGAGACGACUACUCGGUGGGAGACGACUACUCGGUGGGAGACGACUACUCGGUGGGAGACGACUACUCGGUGGGAGACGACUACUCGGUGGGAGACGACUACUCGGUGGGAGACGACCGUACUCGGAUCUGA